UCCCUCUCCCUGACGGGAAGUUUCAAGCCAUCUGCAGUGCUCUGCAUAACCAGAUCUGUUCUCAAGCUAGGCCGCUCAGCAUGGAAAAUCACACAGAGCUGGUCCAUUGUGUAGUUCAACUAGCCCGUUCUUCUCCAGAGGAUCUGAUAGCCUUUCUGCACUCACAGCUGAAGAUUAAGAAUGAGGCUGUUUGUGUGACCUCUUUGAAGCUGCUCAGAGCUAUUGUUGAUGCUGACUUGCCUGAGACAAGACUGAAAAAGUGUCUGAUUGUGAAGGCAGUGAAAUCCACUUUCAGUGAUCAGAAUGCUACGGUGAGGAAGGCAGUUCUUCAUUUCAUCCAGAGGCUGCUCAGCUUACAAAGUGUGGAGAACUGUGCAGCUUGGGAUAUGGUAGCACAUGUUUUCACGGAGUUCAGUGUGUCCACCAGCAAACUGUGAAACUCCCUACACCCCAGGGGCUGCUGGCACGA